UAUUGUUUUCCUUGGUUUUCCGUUCUCGAAAAUGAGUGGGUUUUCACAGCUUCGACCAAAGGCAAGCCUUCGGGACAAAGCACAGAAUUCGGGCAGCAGUUCUGCCUUGGCAGCUGUUGCUUUACAAGACCAUAUCAUGAAAAACCUACAACUGUCAAUGACGUUUGGGCCAAAGAGGAUUCCCCCAGGAAAACCUCGACCAAAGAAGGAGGUUAAAGCUGUGGUGGACACUGGAAGAGGUACUACAGUAAAGCCAGGCCCAAAGAAGAAGCAAGAAGAUGAAGAAAAAGAAUUUGUGCUAGAUCGCAAACCCCCACCCCCUACACUAGCCCAAAAACUAGGUCUAGUUGAUGCUCCAGAACAACUGCUGACAGAAACAGAGUGGAAUGAAGUGAAACAAAAAUCCAGUAAAAGAGAUGACUUUAGGCAACCGUGUGUUAUAUGUAAAGAGGACCUGGGGUCUCAACAACAGGUUCUGUUGUCUUGUUCACAUGUCUUUCACAGGGCAUGUCUGCAGGCAUUUGAGAGGUACACGGGGAGAAAAACGUGCCCCAUGUGUCGCAGAGAACAAUACCAAACCAGGGUGGUCCAUGACGGUACCAGACAUUACAAGGAGAAGUGUGCAACCACCAUACAGGCAGCAUGGCGUGGCUAUGUGGUUAGAAAGUGGUAUCUGAACCUCAGGGAGACAGUUCCACCAAAUGAUCCUAAUUUACGGAGGAAGUUCUAUGAGGACAAGUUACACAACAUAACAGACAGAAUAGUGAGGUCUUGUGACUUUGACAUCAACAACUUUUUUGCGGAGUUGGACAGGAACUUGGAAGCCAGUCGUGAGGUGUUCCAGAACUUUGAGACUGCUGUGAGGCCAAUAGAUGAUGAGGAAUGGGACAGGAUACAGCAGAGAGCAGUAGAACGUGGUAAUAAGGAAUGCCCUAUAUGCCUCACAUCAUUAUGGGAAACCGAUAUGAAAUCACCAAGGAAUGAGUCAAACUCUUUGCAAGCUAAGGCAAAAGAGACUGUGGCUAAAAUUGCUAACAAGCAAUCUCAUCUCACGUCUGGUUCAGUAAACCAAAGGUCCAGGUCAGGUGGAAGUCCAGGAAAAGAGUCAAGGUCAUAUAUGGGUGUUCAUAAAGACACGUUAUUACAGAAGUCUGCCUCUGCUCCGCAACCAGGGAGAGGGAAACUUUCCAAGAAAACUACGUCUCAUGUUAGUAGUACUACAGAUAAAAGCAUGACUGGGGAUGUGACAUUGUCCAACGUGGAGAAAUCUAAGGACAACAGCAUAGCCACUAGUAAAUCAGAACAGUCUACCACUAAGAGAAAACAAGUCAAAGAGACGGUAUUACUGUCCUGUUCGCAUGUAUUCCAUAAGAACUGUGUAGAGGCAUUUGAAGAACUGGCUGUGGGAGAGAAGAGACACUCCUGUCCAGUGUGCAGGGCAUCAUAUCAGAAGAAAAUUUUAACAUCUGAAAACUUGAGUCUGAAGAUGCAUUUGUAGAGAAAAAUAUUUAGAGAUUUGGUGCUAAUUUUUAAAUAACGAGAGUCUUAAUUUUUAAAUUGUUACCCCCUUGAAAACAAUUCGAGCCCGCUCAUUAGUUAAAAGUGACUGUAUACCUUUAAUUUUAUGCAAUCAAAUAUCAUCACCCUAGGGUAUAAAGUCUGACCAAAACGUAUUCUCAUGCAACUGCCCAAAAAAAAAAAGGGUAAAAUGUUUUAAUUAACCAUACUUUGCCCAAUUUAACAUGCUUUUGGUUAUGAUUUGGAUUCGAUCAGAAUUUUCCAGUACUUUGACUUGAAGGCAUUUAUCCAAGUUAAAUGAAAAU